AUGGACUCAUGUUCUACUCUAGCCCCAUUGGAACCGGUCUCUUCAUGGGAAGAGGACCGCAAGUUCGUCCUGCGAGCUUGGUGUCUCAUCUUCAUCGUCCUGGCAACCAUGAUGCUGCUCAGCGUGUUGGACGGGCGUAUGGCCUACCUGUACGGCUCCUACACUGGCUACGUGGGCUUCUGGACCAACUGCAGGAAGCACAUGUGUGCUGACCUGCACCAAGUCACGGUUCUCAUCCACAUGAGCAUGGGCUUCAUGAUCCUGGCCAUGAUCCUGUCUCUAGUCCUCCUCUUUGCCAUGGGCUUCUCCUUCCGGCCAGCGCUCCGCCGUCUUAACAAGACUGACCUCGUCUUCAGUACCCUCAGCUCCUUCACUGGGCUCCUGAUUCUCCUCAGCCUGACGCUCUUUAUAGCCAACUGCGAGAUGCUCCAACCGAGGCCACACAUAUCCUACCUGGUGACCACCUACCUGAGCUGGGGUGCCGGCGCCUUGAUGCUGUGGGCCGGAAUCCUGAGCUACUUAAACUACAUGGGCAUGUGGGGCAAAGGGACGCCCUCCAUGGAACGGCGGAUGAGCUAUCGCCGGUGGGCCUCGCUGCAGAGCACCCGGAAGUCCAUAUCCGAACCGCCAUCGGAUGCAGGGUCCAAGCACACAGAAGACCUGUCCGUUUAA